AUGAGAGAGAACAGAGACUCCGUGUGCGACGCGAGUGUUGAUGAUAUGCAGCACUUGACGCCGUACGACAAGGAACAGGGGAUCGGAUCCCAUCCUGAGGGCCUGGCGGAAGCUGCUGCUCGACGCGUUACCGUGAACGGGAAGCGUCUGUUGAGACCAAGAAGACACAGGGGGGCCAUAACCAGGAGGUUCCGUUCGGUCAGACCUUUUACCAUUGCGGCAUCAUCCAUUGCGGCGAGGAACCGGGCAGAUGUAAGGAUAAGGAGAAAGCACAAAUGGAAGGCAUUCUGCCUCGACAACUUACUUUGUGCCCACCAACGGGAGGUCAACGUCGUGCUCAUGGCACAGAUAUCUGAGAAAGCUGCGGAAGCGGAUGGCCUCGGAGAAUCCGACCAGGCGAAGCUUGGCUUGACACUCGCGAGGCUGGCACUGGAAGAGCGCAGGUGCUUGGGCAAAGGCAACAGGAUCGCCAGAUUCCAGCUUCUCGCUCCCCCGCGGCUUGCGCGCGUUGAGGAGAGAAGAAAAGAUUGGGAGCAAGGCUGA